GUGAAUAUAAAAGAGGUGAGGAGACCUCGAACUGUUUAGUCUGUAUUUGUGGUCGUGUCCAACCGGUCGCGGGCUUAACUUCUAGCAUUCGUUUACACUUGAACACAACAGAACCAAUUAGCCAUGAAGGCAGUUGGUUUCAUCAUAGCCCUGGCAAUAGCAUCAGUAUGCGACGCGGCUACACCAAAACUACGCUUUGGAUGGAAAGUGAUUGACUAUACGUGGGACACGCCGGCUGACCGUGAAAAUGCUAUCAGAAAUGAAAACUUCGUACCAGCCAAUAACCUUCCGCUAGGCUUAGCACGCUGGAGAAAUAAAAUUUUCGUAACCGUGCCAAGGUGGAAAAACGGAGUUGCGUCUUCCCUUAAUUACGUGGAUUUAAAUGGACCUCAAGAUCAGCCAUUGAAGCCGUAUCCUUCGUUUAAAGAUAAUUUAGUUCCUGAUACAGCUAAAGAAUUACCCUCAAACAGUUCUAUAAUAUCAGUAUUCAGAGUAUACGUGGAUGUCUGCGACAGACUUUGGGUUAUGGACUCAGGAUUAGCAGAUAUUUUUGGUGCCGCAAACCAAGUGGCUGGACCGUCUAUAGCCAUAUUCGACCUGAAUACUGAUCAGUUGAUACACAGGUAUUAUUUUAAAGUUAGUGACAUGAAAGAAGAUUCCUUCUUCGCUAACAUAAUUGCGGACGUAGACAAGAACGAAUGUGACAAUGCAUUCGCUUAUGUCCCUGACCUAGGAGGGUAUGGGGUGGUUGUAUACAGCCUUAAGCAGGAUGACUCUUGGCGUGUUGCCCAUCAUUUCUUCCACUUUGAGCCUCUGGCUGGCUCUUACAACGUCGGUGGAGUGCAAUUCCAGUGGACAGAUGGUGUAUUCAGCUUGGCUCUUUCAGAACCUCUUGAGUCAGGAUAUCGUACAGUAUUCUUCCACGCGUUCUCCAGUACUAAGGAGUUCUGCGUGUCCACCGAACUUUUCCGUAACUACACACAUAUUGACAAACAUGAAGCGUUCCAUGAUUUCAAGUUAUUGGGUGACAGAGGUGAACGAACGCAAGCUUCGGCGAGUUACUACGAUCCCAAAACUCAUGUCCUGUUUUAUACACAGGUAAAUCGUAACGGCGUCGGCUGCUGGAACUCCAACAAACCAUACACACCAGAAAACAAUCCACUACUUUUCAGUGAUCCUGCACUGUAUGAAUUUCCUAACGAUUUAAAGGUGGACGACGAAGGAACCUUAUGGCUGCUGGUAGACAAGCUUCCCCGCUUCAUCUACAAAUCCUUAGAUCCCAACGAAAUCAAUUACAGAAUAUACACCAUCAAUACAGUCGAAGCUAUCGCCGGAACUGCUUGCCAAUAAACUACAAUUCAGUGGACUAUAUUUUAGAUAUGUUGAAAAAUUGAAAUAUCUGCAUUGGAUUGAUAGCUUACUGUGUGAUAUUAAAAUAAUCAAAUCAAAACACACAUACAAGCAUUUCUGAACUGUAAAUGUUAGGUUAAAUAUUAUAUAUAUGUUACUAAAACUUUAAAAGUAGAAUGUUACUAUUAUGUUGUUAAAAUGUUGUUGUAAUAUAUGAAAGUAAUAACACUUAAGGUUUCAUUUGAAAAAAUAGUACUUAUCUCAUAAAGAAAUAAUACUAUACCCUGCUUAUCGAUUCAAUAAAUUUGACUUAUUUUUUUCUGUUAUUAUAAAGUGACUUAUCUUUAUAUUUCGUAUGAUCAAAAUGUACAAUUGAUUUUCACAGAAGAUCUCUAAAAUACUUUCUAAAAUUUUUGCAAUAUUGGGUAACGUAACAUAUGAUAAAAGCAUACAUUCCAAAAAAAUAACUUCACUAAUAACUAUAAUUAGCCGUCUACAUUAUGAUUUCUUUUUUUAUUUAUUUUAAGUAUAAAACAUAAUGUGUAUGACUACCGUAUAGACAGUUGUUGCCAGUUACACCCAAACUAAGUUCUGCUUGUAUUUUGGACUGCCAUAGUACAUUUUUGUUGAAACUCAUUUGUGUUGAUAAUAAUUUUCAGUAAAGUAUAUGGAUUUAUACUUACGAAUAUUUUUCAACCGUAUAAUAAUGUAAUAAUCUCUUCUCAGCAUAUGAAAAUAUAAACUUUUUGAUUAUAAUAUUCAUACAAAUCUCGCCGAAUUCUUAGUAACCAUAUACUCCGUACAUAUCAUAACUUCGACAGAAAACAAUAUUAAGAAACGAUGCCUCAGGUCAUCACAAUGUAUAUUUAAUAAGAGAUACUCACUAUAUACACACUUUCUAUUCAUAUUUUUUAAUAUCUUUAGUCUGUUUUCUUGAUUAUAUAUCAUAACAUUAGUCAUAUCAAAAACCGUUAUAUUAUUUUGUAAAUAAAACUUGUUCACAUAUUGUUAACUGAAGUACUUAUUAUGUAAAUCAUACGAUUUAGAAUAACUAAAUAUGUUAUAGGAGCAUAUAAUUUAGGACUUUGAGUAACACUAUUCUGUGACUCCCACAAUGGCCUGUAUAACUAUUUGCAAGUAUCUUUUGUGCAUAAAUGAUGUCUACAGUGAAUUGUAAACCCUUUAUUUGUUUUUGUCGAAUUGUAUUUAAGUUACAAUAGUAAACUUUUACUUGUUAUAUAUAUAAUUUGUAGCUUUAUGAUUAGUACUUUGUUCUCUCUAGUACAUUUCCAAUAAGAGUACAAAUUACACGUCUAUAAAACAAUUUAGAGUAA